GUGCGGCCGGGCAUGGGCUCGGCGACGACCAGCGACCAGCAGCAGCAGCAGCAGCAGCCCCUGUUCCACCCGGGCGAGCAGCCCGGAGGCCGCCGCAGCCCCCGCGAGCCAUCCCACUUCAACAUGGCCGUGUUCCCCCAGCUCGCCGGCCUGGACCCCUUUGAGCGCUGGCUGCUGCUCGGGCCCGAGCACGAGGCGGCCACUGUGAAAGCGAUCCACGAGGCCAUCGAGGAGGACGAGAGGCAGCAACAGGCGGCAUCGGCCUCUCUAUCCCCAGGCGAACCACCACCAGCCAGGACUGGCCGCCGCACCGUGCCGGCCUACAAGGUCAUCAAGCGCACCCGCAGCCAGCGCUCGUGGCCGUCGAGCCUCGAGAUCCGCUCGUACGCGGCGAACAAGUACUCGGUCAAGUCGGACGACUGGAAGCCUAGCAACAAGGUCACCACCACCACCACGAGCGUCGUCGACGGCGGCGGCGCAAAGUCGGUCGACUACGUCGGCCCCUCGAAGCCGGCCAGGCGGCACAGGCGCUCAGAGCCGUCCCUCGGGGGCAGUUCUGUGCGCGGUCUCCAGCGCGCGGUCUCCCUCGGCGGCGACAGACUCCCUCCCAACUUCAGUCUCAGUCACAACAACACCAACACCAACAACAAUAACAACAACAAGACCGUCGCCUCCCCAGGCCCCAAGCGCCGCUUCCAGUGCACCUUCUGCCCAGACGCCUUUGUCAAGCGGCACGACUGGCAGCGCCACGAAAAGUCGCAGCACCUGGCCCUCGAGUGGUGGACGUGCUGCCCGGACGACGGCCUCGCGGCGACACACAUCGACCCGCUGACCGCCGUCGUGACGUGCGUCUUCUGCGGUAUCCGGGACCCGGACCGGCAGCACCUCGACGGGCAGCACGGUCUCGCGGCCUGCGCGGCCCGCAGCGUGGCCGAGCGCACCUUCUACCGCAAGGACCACCUCCGGCAGCACCUCCGGCUCAUGCACGCCGAGUGCCCCUUCACCCAGGCCAUGGAGGCCUGGAAGACGGAGCUGGUCGAGGUCAAGUCGCGCUGCGGCUUCUGCGGGGCCGAGUUCGAGACCUGGCCCGCGAGGGUGAACCACCUGGCGGCGCACUUCCGCGCGGGCGCCACGAUGGAACGCUGGCAGGGCGACUGGGGACUCGAGCCGGCGGUCGCCGAGAACCUCGAGAGGGCCACGCUCCCCGCGGACCGGGCGCCACUGGCCGCUGCUGCGGCUCCUGUCUCGAUGCCCCAGUCUCCAGCUGCUCCUGCUCCUGGCAACAACAUCACGUCGUGGCCUGGCAUGGAUGACAGCCCCAUGCAGGAAAUCGACGGCUUCCGCUUCGACUCGUCCUUGGCCGCCAACGUCCCGCUCGCCCCGCCGUCCAUCAUGAGUGACACCUCGGGCCUGCCGUGGGACCUGUCCCUCUUUGACCUCGACACGCUGCCGAGCAUGUCCGUGCUGGACCCCUUUGACGAGUACUCGUUCUCGGCCGCCAGCGCGCUCGACUUUUUUGGGCACGACCACUACGGGAACCUUCAGCAGCAGCAGCAGCAUCUUUUCAACGACAUGAUGCUCCCGCUCACCACGCCGCCGAUACAGGAGGGCAAUGAGACGCCCUUCCCACAACAAACACCACCACCACCACUCCCACUGCUACACCUCGGCGGCGGCGGCUACGACGGCCCGACCUCGGCGCUGCUCGGCUUCGCCGACAUGCCGCAGCUCGGCGACCCGUUCGCCCAGCUGCAGCUGCAGCAGCAGCACCCGCACCAGAACCUGUUCAACACCGAGACCUUCCUGGGCGUUCCCCCGUACUACACGGAGGACGACUACUGUAGUGUAGACGGAACAACGGCGGCGGCGGCCGAGAUGGCGGCGGGGGGCGGUGUCGGGGUUGAUAAUACGACUGUGGCGCCGGCGGCACUGCAUGUGGACGAUCAGGAGGAGAACAGCAGCUUUGGAAAGCUUGUUUUGUAACACCAGCAGCAUGAUUACCUUUCGAGGCUGCAGGGAAGGGGGGGGCACAGGCGCAUGGUGCUUAGAUGAUGUGUUUGAGUGUAGCGGGGCUUUGGAAAAUCAUGUUCAACAAUGAGAAACUCGGGAGUAGGCGUUUAUUUUUUUUUUCUUUGGACAGACACAUAGAGUGGUGUUUUUCGAGGGGAAGAAAUGUUUAUUUGUCAGAAAGUCACAUCGUACAAGACGGUUUCAUAUUGGCGCCUGAGUGCUC